GCCAGGGGCCGCAGGGUCGGAGCGUGGCUUUGAAGCCGCUUACGCCGCCACCAUGAGCGGCCGAAGUAGGGGUAGAAAGUCGUCCCGCGCCAAAAGCCGGGGCAAAGGCCGAGGCAAAGCCCGAGUUCGCGCUGCUCCCGACGACGCCCCCCACGACCCGGACCCAACACAGUGCCAGAGGCUCGGGGAGGAAACCCAGGCGGCACAGGUGCAGGCUGGCGCGGGUUGGGGUGGCCUGGAAACUGCUGCGCCCGCGCCGCCCCGUCGGCCCGGGGAGGAGGCCGCCUGCCGGCUCCCCCUAGAUUGUGGCCUCGCGCUCCGGGCCCGAGCCGCGGGGGGUCGCGGGCAGGCCGCGACCAGGCCCGGCCCGGGGAAGGCCACGUCCCUCUCGGAGCGCCUAGCGACAGACACGGUCUUCGUGGGAACCGUGGGAACGGUGGCAAGGCCAAAAAAUGGCCCCCGCGUUGGAAAUCGGCGCGGUGCUGCCGGGAAGAAGGCCUCAGAAACCUGUAGCGCAGCGGGGAGGGGACCGCAGGCCGUAGCAGGUGGGAAGCUGAAGAAAGGGGCUCCGGGGGAGAGUGUCUCCUCCCCUGUGGUAGAGGAGACGAAGGUGGAGAGGGAUGCAGGGUCGGGGCCCCUGGCGACAGACGGCCGCAUGGAUACGCUCGAGACCGUCCAGCUGAAGCUGGAGACCAUGAACGCGCAGGCGGACAGGGCCUACCUUCGGCUCUCGCGGAAGUUCGGGCAGUUGCGACUGCAUCACUUAGAGCGCAGGAACCUCCUCAUCCAGAAUAUCCCAGGUUUCUGGGGGCAGGCUUUUCAGAACCACCCCCAGCUAUCCUCCUUUCUGAACAACCAAGAUAAAGAGGUUCUCAGCUACUUGAACAGCUUGGAGGUGGAAGAGCUUGGCCUCGCCAGAUUGGGCUACAAAAUCAAGUUCUACUUUGGGCGCAACCCCUAUUUCCAAAAUAAGGUGCUCAUCAAGGAGUAUGGGUGUGGGCCUUCGGGUCAGGUGGUGUCUCGUUCUACUCCAAUCCAGUGGCUCCCAGGACAUGAUCUCCAGACCUUAAGCCAGGGGAACCCAGACAACAGCCGUAGCUUCUUUGGGUGGUUUUCAAACCACAGCUCCAUUGAGUCCGACAAGAUUGUGGAGAUCAUCAACGAGGAACUGUGGCCCAAUCCCCUGCAGUACUACCUUAUGAGUGAAGGGGCCCGUGCAGAGAAAGGAAAGGAGGGCAGGCAAGGUCCAGCAAAGCAGCCAGUGGAGACCCCUGAGCCUGGGGCAAACAAGUCCGACUGAUUUGGCACCAGUCUCCCAACUACCUCCUGUUAGACCUGUGCCUAGCUAACCACACGUGUUUGGCCGUCUGCCUUCUCUUCAUGUUGGCCUCUGUGCACUCUUAAUUCCCUUUGGACUUCAGUGACAAGAAUAUGGUAUUUAUGAUCAUGUUCUUUUGCCCCUUUGUGGCCUUCUUGCUUUUUUCACAUUAGUGUUACAUGUUAAAUGACCUCACCCCUACUGUUUAUACGUUAAGCACACAUGCUUCAAAUGUGUGCUGCCUUUGUCUACAUUGCCUGGACCGUGUUCUCGGCUGUGGCCUUUCCCAGCUGUCUUUCACAUGGACACUCAUGAGUCAUCCUCCACUAGGACCAGUGCAUUCUCGGGCUCUGCUGCUUCAGGGCAGCAGACUUGCUGAGCUUUAUGUUCAUGCUGGCCAUGCGUGCCAUCUCUGGUGGGUUCUUCUGCUGCCACUGCAGAAUGAAGCUAGCCCACAUGGUAUUGGCUAUCAGCCAAAACUGAUUGUUCCAAGGCCCUGGGGCCACCAGCCAAGGUUCCACCAUCUACUGGAUCUCUAGCUUUGGCCAGGGGCCUAUGCUGCCCCACUGGAUGUGCGGAAUAGCACUUGACUGCUGGGCAUGGAUGAGGUUAAGAGUGAGAAGCAUAAUGCCACGUGUUCUAUACCAUCAUGGGUCUCUUCCUGCCUCUGGGCCCUUCUGAUGAACCUUCGUCAGGGUCUAUCAUGUGCCCCAUCAUUGUCAGGCCACUGAGAUUUGUCUAGGUUGCAAUUGGCCCUAGUUGGCUUCCCGGUCAAUGAGGACCUCAAGAACUGCCUGUGGACCAAGGCCCCCUGCCAGUGCAUGAGACACACCUACCUUCCCCAGGCUUCCAGGAACCCUACUGCCUGCCAGACUGAUGGGCAGGUAUGUGGACAUGUACUCACUGUCAUCAUGCUGUGGCUCAGGUGUGGCCUUGCGUAUGUGGAAGAUUGAUGCUAUAUGCUGCUUAUCUUGCCAUAAGUAAAAUCUUACCACUUUCCCCAUUUUGCCUAAUGGGAGUAUGUAGCUGUAUAGGUCUGCUUUUUUUUUUUUUAAACGUUUUUCUGUUUAUUGUGGACAUUUUCAGACAUGCACAGAAGAGGAGAGGAUGAUCCCUGGACCCUAGGUAUCCAUCACCUAGCUACAUCAAUUAUGAUCAACCUUGUAUCUUCUCUCCCCACCUGUAUUGUUGACGGAAAGUCGGACACUGUACCAGUUCAACCUUGACUACUUUGGGAGAUCAGGACUUUCUUUUGGUGGUGACAGUGGUGGGGUGCACUGUCAUGAUCACAUCAGGUCUGCUUUUUGCUUUGAGUGUUAAUUGAUGAAGUUCUAGAAAUGGGCUUUAGAAGUGAAAAUCUUCAAGAUUAACAGGGAGUACUCAAAAAGAGAUGAAAAUAUGCUCCCUUUUCCCUGCAUCCGCAAAAGGAGAGAGACUGUUGUGAUAUAAAUCUUUCAAAGACUGAUUUGGUAAGGUGCUUACUCGAGACCCUUCACCAGAAUAUCAGUCUCUUUUGCCUGUAAAAGAUGGAGACUUGUGUGACUGUUAGAAAUACCAUCAGCUUGUCUGGUCUCAUAACUCUGGUCUUGAAAGUAUAAUUUGGAAAUUGUUGCUGUGUUCUGUAAAAACCUCCCCAAAGUAAUCAGUAACUGGUUGUCUUACUUGCUAAUUUGACAUCCUGCUAAUAAUGCAAUUAUUCAUUUGUUCCUAAACAGUAUAAAUAGUUGUAAGCUUGCAUGCAUGAUGGAAAAAUAAAAGUCUGUAUCUCUGUUAA